AUGACUAGUAGUCAACGGGCUGAAAUUUCUCAUUCGUUUUUCAAGAGGUAUGUGUCCAAAGAAAAUUCAAUGCUGGAUUUUGUGACGCAAUUCAAUAGGGCACUUGCCAAAAUCCGACAUAAUGAAUUGGAUUUGAACCAUAAAGAUGUAAAUGAGAAGCUUCUCUUGAAAACCUCAUGGGCAAUGGAAAAGAAAAUGACCGAAAUAUAUACACGGAGCAUAUUUGAGAGGUUUCAAGAGGAAAUCUUUCAAAUUAAUGCGUAUGUGGUUACAUUCAUACGUGAGAAUGAAUAUUGGUGUUUGUGGAAUGUUCAGAGAGAAGAAAUGGAAGGUGCGAGAAUUCGUGAGAUUUUGGUGGACAAGUCAUCGAAUCGUGUCAGUUGUAGCUGUAAGAUGUUUGAAUUCGAUGGAAUUCCUUGUCGACACCUGUUAGCGUACCUGUUUAUAAUGCACAUUAAGGAACUCCCUACUGAGUACAUCUUGCAGAGGUGGACGAAGAGAGCAAAAGCGGGUUGGGUGAUGGAUGACUUAGAUAAUGGUGUGAAAGAAAUAUUUAUCGAUGAUGCUGUAUUAGAUGAAGAAGAAAGUGAAGUUGUGCGAGAAGCUUUGGAAGCUAGUCAAAAGAAGAUUGCAUUAAUGAGGAGUUCUCGCAAAGAUGGUUUAACGAGUCGUAUCCCAUUGUAG